AUGUUCCGGGUUUUACAUUGUUUUACAUCUAUAUGGUUGCUGCUUCAAAUUCUCACUUACUGUAAAGGAACUAUUCAUUGGACUUCUUUUUCUUCAGUUCAAAAAAAAAUUAAUGAAAGUACAUUUCCAGUUUUUAUGAAAGUUGAAACCAUAUCAGAUGCAAUUAUUGUGAAAUGUCCAUACGCAAAUUACACACAUUCAAAUGUUAAAGAUACUUUUACAAUACAUAUUUUGUUAGUGUCGUCAAAAAUAACAAUUGAAAGUGAUAGAAAAAUCUUUGUUUGGAUACCCUUGGCACAUAAUGCAUUGGGAAAUAAUAUAGUCAAUUGUGGAAAGAUUGACUUUUUUAAUAUUGUAGAUGGUAGCUUUAAAAAAUAUAACUGGGACUUUAAACUCAAGUGGCAGUCUGAACCAAAACCAUUUGACAUAGCAAAGAGAGAGAAAAUAUCAAAGACACUUCCUUCAUCUAAUAAUUGUGGUAACGAUACAGCUAAAGUAGUCAAGUUUACAAAAAAUAAACAAGGUAGCAUGAAACUACUCAAUAUAAAUAGUGCUGAAUUAAAGGAAGCAGAUGAAAUACCUCAUGUCAAUAAAUUAUAUUACUAUUUUGUUGUACCAGAAGAAAAUUCUGAUAAGGAACAACAACCACCGUGUGAAAUUGUUAGAGCAGUUAAUGACAAACCAGAAAUAAAAAUUAAUGGUCAAGAACAUCCAGUAUCUCCGAGGAAUAACAAAAUUCAUGUUCUUAAAAGAAAAACAAUGACGGAAGUCUUCAAUAUAAAACUUCAGUUGAUGUCUCCAGAUGUCCCUGAUUUCUAUAAAGGUGAAAAAAUUUUAAUGAAAGAAAUGAGAUAUACAGAAUCAAGUAUUAAAGAUAUACCAAAUACUGAUGAAAUGAUAAUGGACAGUUUUACUCUGCAUCAAUUUAAAAUACUGAAGUUUACCUACAACUAUCCAACAAUUGAAAAUGAUAACGUUGUAGAAAAAAUGUAUUAUUUUGGACCAAUGAAGGAUGAUUAUAACUUUCCAAAUCAGGACAUAUUAUAUCUGGCAAAUGAAACGUCUAUUCAACCAAAUUGUACUAUUAAUGGAAUCACAUAUGGAUAUUUUGACUCUCUCACUUAUGAAAAUAAAACUAUUAAAUUAAAUGAAUUUAUUAAUAAUAAAAAGGAUAAUUUUGAACUUUCUGGAGAUUAUAUUAUUUUGAAAAAUAAUAAAACCAACAUGAUAUCUUUAAUGUGCCGUUAUAUUACUCCAACUGGAACUGUUACAUUAACUCAAACAUUUAUUAAAGGAAAAAAAGUAUUUAUGGGAAAAAAUGAAAAAGGUGAAGAUAUUUAUAAAAUUUUAUCACAAACUGAUGGAUCAGAAUAUGAAAAAAAAAUGGCUGAUAAAAAAAAGGAAAUGGAAUCUAUGAAAAAAUCUUUUAUUGAUAAAUUAAUUGA